CUGCAGCAAGGGAAAGUGAGUGAAAUGCAGAAUAAUUGUAUGUCAUGAGAGACUGUGUGUGUGUAUUGAGGUUAAUAACAGCUGGUUAAAUGUGUGAGAAUAAUUGCAGGCUGUGAUGUGUUAAUAGCCUCUGUACAGGUGUUGAGCCACUUAUGUGAGAUUAUCUCUCAGUCUGUGUCUCUCUCUCUCUCUCUCUCUCAUAUCUGUUUCUCUCUCCUCACAAAGACAGAGUUUCUCAUUGGGUGUGUGUCUUGAAGGGGUGGCGGGGCUCCUGCACAGAAAGAGCUUUUUUUUUUUUCCUCCUGUGUGUGUGUGUGUGUGUGUGUAGGUGGGUCGGGGGGUCAUUAAUAACUAAUUAGAGGCUCGGAGCCACAGGCUCGUAUAAGUGCAGCUGAUCCGGAGGGAGCGCAGCAGUUCAUCCCGCAUCAUCAGCCGCACUCAGAGUCCCGCAGACCCGCUGCACACAUGGGUUCGGUCCUGCCCGCGGAGGCGCUGGCGCUCAAGUCCAGGUUCAGGUCUCAGCUGUGUGAGAUCAUCACCUCUGAUAUCCUGCACAGUUUCCUGUACGGCCGAUGGAGGAACGUGCUGGGAGAGAAUCCGUGCGAGGAGCAGCAGAGCCCGAGAACCGCCUUCACCGCCGAAGUUCUGGCGCAGUCCUUCACUGGAGAGGUGCAGAAGCUGUCUAGUCUGGUCCUGCCCAGCGAGGUCAUCAUCGCCCAGAGUUCAGUCCCUGGAGAAGGUCUGGGGAUUUUCUCCAAGACCUGGAUCAAAGCCGGCACCGAGAUGGGCCCGUUCACCGGGAGGGUCGUGUCCCCUGAGCACGUGGACCUGCGCAAGAACAAUAAUCUCAUGUGGGAGGUGUUUAAUGAGGACGGCACAGUGCGCUGCUUCAUCGAUGCCAGUCAGGAGGACCAGCGCAGCUGGAUGACGUACAUUAAAUGUGCCCGAAACGAGCAGGAGCAAAACCUGGAGGUGGUUCAGAUCGGCAGCAGCAUCUUCUACAAAACACUGGAGACUAUUCCUCCGGAUCAGGAGCUGCUGGUUUGGUACGGGAAUUCCCACAACACUUUCCUGGGUAUUCCUGGUGUUCCGGGCACAGAAGACGAGCACCAGAAGAAGAGGAGCGCAGAAGACUCUCACGUUUGCGACGCCGCAUCUUCCUCGCUGUCCUCCUCCUCCUCCUCUUCGUCCUCUUCGUCCGGCGCGAGUCGCAUGCGCUGCGUGAUCUGCCACCGCGGCUUCAACUCCCGCAGCAACCUGCGCUCGCACAUGCGCAUCCACACGCUGGACAAACCCUUCGUGUGCCGCUUCUGCAGCCGCCGCUUCAGUCAGUCCUCCACCCUGCGCAACCACGUGCGUCUGCACACGGGCGAACGGCCCUACAAGUGCCACGUCUGCCAGAGCGCGUACUCGCAGCUGGCCGGCCUGCGCGCGCAUCAGAAGAGCGCGCGACACAGACCCGGGGGAUCGAACUCUGAGGCCGGACAGCCGUCGCCUCCGCCCGCGCACAUGCCGGCCAUUUCCCAUCCUGCACUGCUGCGGCACGUCCCAACCAUGGUGCUCUGAGAGGACGAGGACGAGGACGAGGACGGGCGCAGACGGACUGAGUCCCGGGACAGGCACUUUAAUCGGCACAAACCUGCGGCAAUAAGAGCCACGGCUGGAACUGAGACACAAACCACAGGCUGGAGGAUGAAGAUGAUGAUGGUGGUGAAUGAAUGAGCACUGGAUGCAGAUCAUAAAUCAAACAUGGCACAAAAAAAUACAGGGUUUCUGCAGGUUUUAUUAAGUAAACGAACUGAAUGGAGCACAGUGCGCCCUCGAAAUGUAAAUGUGAUGCAUUAGCAGUGCUUCAAAGUUUGAAAUCUGAAAAAAAAAAAAAAUCUUUUACUGUAUCUUCUAAUCACACUGUAAAAAUGUGAUGUUUUUCAGUCUUGUUUUCCAGUGCAAAUGUCCAAAGAUUCAUAAAUCAAGAUGCAUUUACAUAAGAAACAAAAUAACACAAGUCUUGUUUUAUGACAAAUUGAUUUUAAGGGAGUUUCUGACUAAAACAAGAACAAAUAUCUGCUAAUAGGUUCAGAAAAAUCAUGUUUUCAUUCCCCAUUGACAGAUGUUUAUUUGUUUUAAUCAAGAACUUCAGUUUGUUCAGUUUCUCAGAAAACAAGACUUUUAUUAAUAAAAAUAAUACUGUUUUUAGAUUUUUUUUUGUUGUUGUUGUUGUUGUUUCCAAAGUAUCUAAAAACUCUUAAAUCAUGAAGGAUUUUCUAGAUGUGUAAAGAUUGUCUAGUUUUCAGGAAAAAACUAGUUUUUGCUUAGAACAAGCAAAAUAAUUUGAUUUUAAACAGAAAACAAGAUUAUUUUGCUUGUUUGAAGCAAAAACUCACUUGCGUGACUUUUUUUGUUGUUGUUUGUUUUCUUGAAAUGUUUAGAUAUUUUGGCUAAAAACAAGACAAAAAAUCUAAUUAAAACAUUUUUACAGAGUAAUAAUAAUAAUACUUUUUUUUUCAACCCAACCCAAGGUCACUUUAAAAAUGUAAAGAACAAAACAAAAACAAACAAUAAAUAGCAAACAUAACAAACAGAGCAAAAGCUGAAGAGUUAUAUUCAGAGACUUUUUUUUUUUUUUAGAUGUUUUUGAAACAUGUUCUGUUUGCAGAUCUUGAUUUAAGGAUGUUUAGAUGUUUGUACUGUAAAACAUGACAAAAAUACCAAGGAAGAAAUUCAUUUUUGCAGUGUUUGCAACAUUUAAUGCCAUAAGUUUAUGAAUUCAAGACUUUCUGCUUUGAUUUAAAACCUUUUUAAUUUUUGAAAAUGUGAAUUAAGACUUUUUAAGAAACGCUGUGUAAAGUGAUGCAGCUGAACGCCUUAUACACUAAACAUGAUGUGAUGAAGUCAAAUGAAAACAGCUUUUGUUUUUGUUUUUUUAAAGAUUUCAAUUCUGUUUACUGUUCACAUUCACCAGAUGCAUCAUAUUGCUUUUAAACAGUUCAUGAUUUUUCUACCAUAUUGACUAUAGAUGCAUUCAAUAUUACAUUGCUGUACUGCAAUGCAUUAAAGUAAAUACCUUUCAGGUUGAUAAAGAAAUGCAUCAGAAUUAUUUUAGAUCAAAGGAUUUUUAAGAUCACAUGUCCAAACAUUUCACUGCACUGCAAAAAAGAUUUUCUUUUUUGGUAUUUUUUUCUGUGUUUUUCAGCAUCUUAACAUCCUUAAAUCAAGAAACAUUUACUGCAGAUACAAAAUGAAGUGUUUCUAGUUCUUUGAGUUUACACUUAAGAAAAAAAUCUGCCAACGGGGUAACAAAAAUCGUAUUUACUCUUUAAAUGAAGUUGAUUUUCUGACCCCGUUGCCAGAUAUUUGUUCUUGUUUUAAGCAAAAACUCCUUGAUACAUUUAGCAGAAAACAGGACUUAAUAUGUGACCCUGCAGCACAAAACCAGUCUUACCGUAAGUAUCACAGGUAUAUUUGUAGCAAUAGCCAACAAUACACUGUAUGGGUCAAAAUGAUCGAUUUUUCUUUCAUGCCAAAAAUCAUUAGGAUAUUAAAUAAAGAUCAUGUUCCAUGAAGAAGUUUCGUACAUCUGUCGUAAAUGUAUCAAAACUUAAUUUUUGAUUAGUAAUAUGCAUUGCUAACAGCUUCAUUUGGACAACUUUAAAGGUGAUUUUCUCAAUAUUUAGAUUUUUUUGCACCCUCAGAUUCCAGAUUUUCAUAUAGUUUCCUAACAAACCACAAAUCAAUACAAAACUCAUUUAGCUUUCAGAUGAUGUAUGAUGUCUCAUUUUCAAAAAACUGACCCUUAUGACUGGUUUUGUGCUCCAGGGUCACAUAUUACUAUUUUACUUCUGUUUGAUUUUAAGAAUGUUUAGAUAUUUGUUCUGGAAAACAAGAAA